GUUUGCGUCAGCCACCGAUAACGAAUGCUUGGCAGGUUUGAAACGUCUUGAGAGAUAGAUGCUCUCGCUAAACCACUGCAUGCAGAACGGCCCUAAAUCAGCCUGCCAGGCUUGCUUACCUGAAAACUGAUCUUAGGGGACUUGUUCGCAGCCAUCGACACCGACUAGUACCGACUCAUCUGCCCCAACAUGUACGUUACUAUUGACUCCGCAGCAGGUCAAAGGUCUCAUGGAACACGUCAUACCAGUACCGGAGUUAGUGCAGUCCCUGACGGGGAAUUCCGUGCGCGGCAGGUUCAUCCCCCCACCUUCCAUCGGGCAAGACACGCAAUAUAGGUGGGGGGAGCUGUCCUCGAUCGGCAGCCAAACGGACAACCAUGUACCCACCAUCAGCAGCAGCAACAGCAAGAUGCCCAACGAGAGUCGCUGCUCCCUCUGCUCCACCGAGAUGCGCGGCACCUGCAGUAAUACCACCACCAGCAGCUGCCACAGCGCCCCACCCGCGGUGUCUGAGGAAGAAAGUGGUGUCCGACAGACCCGUCGGCGUCAGAAGCGGCUGACAUUCCACCGCGUGGUGCGGGCCGUGGCGCUGUUAGGAGAUUCUCGCGGCUCUACCUUGUCUUCCAUCCGGGACGUGCUGACCCGCGACCUCGGGGUCACGACCUUGCACGGCUCGCUGGAGGGCCUGCAGCGGCAGCUGGAGAAGGGUGUCCAGGCCGGGCUUCUGAUCCAAAGCCAAGGAGAGGAUCUUGUUGAUGGCAGGGCUUGCAGCAGCAAACAGCCGCGCUUCAAGCUGACGACCCCGCGCCCCUUGAGGAAGGUCUAUAGGUACCGCGUUAGCAGAAAGGGGUCAAAGAGUAGUUAAGAAAGUUCAACAAAAGGUGAGUGGACUGGAGGAGAGAACUCACUACCUUCAAUUGACAGCAGCUCCCAAAGGAAAAAAAAACUUUUCAGUGGCAAACUCGGUAUGCUUAGGCGACAGCUACCAUAUUUCUGCGUUAAUAAUAUUUCUUCUCGGAAGCAAUCGUACAAAUUUUGUAUCAAAGUGAAGGUGAGGUGCUGGAAGGGGAGAGCAUUGCCUCACGCAAAGCUCUGUAAAAUUUUUUGAUGAAUUGUUGUGAAAUAUAUACAAAUAUCUUUGUGGCAUAUUGGUAUUUGUUUAAUUUAAAGACUACAUAGGUUUUUAAUUGUUUUAAAAGUAGUGUAGUUAUGUGCUCAUCAAAUUGUACGUGCAGGCAAUAGUGAUCGAACAUUAAAGGGCAUAUGCAAAUGUA